CAAAAUUGACCUAGAUUUUCAAUAAUGUUUUUGAAACAUACUAAGACGUUUUAUGGUGAUCUUUUCACAGAGUAAUGUGCAUACAUAUACGAUUGUUUAUUCAUUUCAUUGAUAAUUUUAAGUGACCACCUAAAAUUAUCAGAAAGGGGUUGAUUUAGGCGAAGUUUACAGUUAAUGCGCACUUCAGGUGCGCAGAUUACCACACGUGUUGGAAAAUGGCGACUAUGGGGCCUGUUGCUUUUGCACCGAAUGGGGAAUAUUUAGCGUAUUCUAGCCCUGACGGUACUCUCAAAAUAUGGGACACAGCCACGGGUCUGCCCAAACAUGAGUAUACACCAAGUUCUCAUCUGUCUUCGACCUGUACGUGUCUGGCUUGGGGUCCAGUUCGCCGUUCAUCGCCGGAAACUCCAAGGAAGAAAAAGAGGAGAUCAAAGCAGUCAGAUCUGGUGGAAAGUGUGGAUCUGGUAGCAUUGGGGACAGCAUCUGGUUCUAUUCUUCUUUACAGUAUGGUCACAGGAGAUCUACAGACACAGCUGGAUGGUGGUCAUAGUGACACAGUGCAUGGUAUCUGCUGGCACAGUGAAGAAAGUACACUUUACAGUUGCUCAAGUGAUCAACACAUAGUAGAGUGGAAUUUGUCGAAAGGAAAAGUAAAACACAAAUGGAAAGCUGACACAAGCAGUGUGUAUUCUAUCUGUCUUUGUCCUGGAGAAAGUGCUUUGUUAUCAGCAGGGAGAUCCAUCAAGUUGUGGGACCUUCUCACAAGACAAGUUUUAAAAACAUUUACAGGUCAUGCCACAGAAGUGAUAAGGUUGUUGUGUGUCCCACAAUCCUUAGAGCAAAAUGGUGCUGCUGGAGAUGUGCUAGAAUCAGUAUACAACACAUACUUCUUGUCAGCAGCUUUAAAUGAUAGGUUAAUAAAUGCAUGGCAAAUACAAAAAUCCUCAAAGGAUAAAAAUUCUUUAGCAGUCUUCUCUUUACCAGAUGAACCUGUUGCAAUGGAUAUUUCUAAAAUGUCAAGUAGAGAAGAUCCUCUUUUACUAGGUGUUGUGACAAAGAAUGGUCAAUUUGUGAUAUAUGAACAUGUUUUAAAUGGAAAAUGUAAAAAGCCACUCCAGCCAAAAUUGUCGGUCCAGGUGGCCACAUCAUGUAGUGAGGUUGAGGUGCCAAGACCCAUCCCACUCCUAGCGGCCCAGUUCACCAACACGAGGGAACAGCAGAUCUUAAUAUGUCAUGGGAACUUUCUGAAGCCAACUUUUGAAAAAAUACCGUACAGGUCGGAGGACUCUGACAUCUGUUUAAUAAGAGAGGACCCCUCCAAACUGGCGCUGAGGCAAGAUACAGGGGUGUCCAAAAUCAAAACACCAGGUACUUCUGAAGAUGUCACGGUGCUUUCCCCGGGGGUCAUGGCUCCUGCAGCUCCAACAUUGAGUUCUGAGGCCGGGAAGAGGAAAAACAAGAGGAAGUCUUCUGUAAAUGAGAUGUCCAUGGAGGAUCGCCUGAAUGCAAUAAGUAUAGAGAAGAGCACAGAGCAGAAGAGUGUCAGUCAUCCACCCAAAGCAGACACACUAGCCACACUGCUGGCACAGGGCCUCCAGAGCAAGGAUAAGAAAAUCUUAAAUAAUGUACUUCAACACACAAAUGAUGACAUUAUAAGGAACACAGUGCGACGACUCCCAGUCCCAGUCAUAAUUCCACUUGUGCAGGAGCUGUCGCGGAGAAUGCAUGGCCAUUCUCAAAGUGGGCAUAGAUUGGUCAAGUGGAUCAAGACAGUUCUGACAAUGCACACAUCAUAUCUAAUGACAUUUCCAGAACUGGUGGACACAUUAAGCACGCUCUAUCAGAUGAUGGACGCCAGGGUUGCUAUGCUGGGCAGGUUGUCAAGGUUACAAGGAAAAUUAGACCUGAUGCUUUCGCAGAUCACGUCUCAGACACCAGAUGAGGAGGAGGCCACAGUUGCACAGACGGCAAUGUUGGUUUACCAAGAUGAAUCCUCCGAUGAAGAGGAAUUGAUGGAGAAUAUAGUGCCAAGCCACUCAGACUCGGAGGACUGGGAAGAGUUGGAGUUGGAUGAGGAGUUGGAGUUGGAUGCAAAUGAGAGGGAAGAUGAAGAUGAGGACAUGGACAGCAGUAGUCACCAUAGCGACAGUCCAGAUGAGGAUGGAGGGACAGAAUAGCCCAAGUUUUUAUUUGAAGCUUGGUGACAUCAGUUGCCAGUUAUCAGAAAAGGGUGCGAUUUUUUUUUUUACGACAGCACGACUUCGUUCUGUUAUCAAACGGCAGAUGUGCAUGAUGCCAAGUUUGAUCACACACAAGUUUAAAGGGAGGGAUAUGAACGAGAUAUUUUUCACUUCAUCACUGGACCAAUAUAUUCCAUCAAGAAAAAUGACAGCAUAAGGAUGACAAUUAAUUCUCUCAUUGAAGUAUGGGGAAGACUUGUUUUUGUCUAACAUGAGGCAAAAAUUCAAUUUUUUUUAGUUAUUUGUGUAACAUUGAGGGGAAUAUCCCCAAUCUUGCUUUUUUGUCAAUAUGCAAUUUAUUGAAAAAGGAAGAGGUGGGGUAACAUUGCUGCUGGACAGGAAAUAAUGAAGUAGUGAAAUUUAAAUUUUAAUGCAGUGCAAUUAGCUGAUAAAAAGUCUGAACAUUGUCUGGGAUAUGAAUUUCAGUUUGUAAUUAUGUAAUUACUGAAGGGCAUUUGUAGAUGGAAUGAAAAUACAAAACCAUCAUAAAUGCGACUCCAUUAUCAAUUUGAAAGAAGAAUUCUUGGUUUGUAAAAGUGUCUUUACAUGUGAAGUUGGUGUCUCGGCUGUUAUAAAUGUGAAAAGUUAUUUUCUACAUUUAUCAUGCUGGGAUUUAUAUACUUUAUCAAAGAAAAGCAUGAAAAUAUAGAAUAAAACUAAAAAAUACUAUAAGUGGACUUGUCUUGCAUUAUACUAACCUGUUUUUAGUAAGAGAAAUUAACUGUGAUCAAACAUUCAAUUUUUAUGCAGAUC